CAGUGGUACCCCGGCUGGAGGAGGAUGAGGAGGGAUGGUUCAGACCGUCCAUCAAGAUGACCGGCCUUCCUGGAAUGUCCUUGCUGCUCCUAUUAGCGAAUAGAGUUUUUCUGACUGCAGCAAAGGCCACGUUACCUGAAUUAAGGCCGGACUCCUACGCCGACAGCCUGGCGCCCAGAAAGAAUUCACUUUUGUAUUUUAGCAACACUGAGUUCGCCAACAAUGUCAUCUUCCUGGAGGAAUUACAAAAAUCUGCCGGGGUGUUGGAGGACUACGGGAUUUAUGUGGCCAAGGUUAUUUGUGUGAAGUAUGACACCGUCAAGUUCUGUUCAGAAGGAAAUGCUUACUUGUUCAGGGGGACAAAACUACUGAGGGAAUUCCCUACAGACACCCUGUUUGAUGUCAACGCUAUUGUUGCCAACGUUUUAUUCGUUUUGCUUUAUAAUAAAGUAAAAUAUGUCACCUCCAUAUUGGAACUUCAAAACUUAGAAGACGCCAUGAAAGGGAAGAAAAACGUUAUUUUUGUCUACGUCCAGGCAGUUGGAACACCGGAACACCGGUCAGUGAUGGAAGCAGUUUUCAUACACGGCUCAACACACCAGUUUGUUCUGACUACAGAAUCAAGUUUACUGAAGAGUAUGAGCACGGAGGAGCCCAGCCAGGUGUCCGCAAAGCUUUUCUUCAUCCACUGCAAGUCAGAGACGAGUGUGAGCCACAAAUGCCACCGAACUAUGUUGGAGCAUCCGCUGACAACCCUCAACAUCCACCGCUUCCUGAAAGUCAUGGGGCUCCCCCUGGUGGGAGAAGUUUCCGGAGAUGCAGAAAAGUUCAACAGUGUUCACCUCCAGCUCGGCCUACCUGCGAUCUUCAUCGUCGGCCAGCAGGAGACGUAUGGCGCUGAUUUGGAGACGGCUGAAGAAGUGGCACGGCAACUUCUGGGGAAAGCUGGCGUGGCCAUUUUACUCAGGGAGAAGUCUGGCAUCCAAAUCCCUCCCGAUACCAAUGUGGGCAUAAAAAGAGCAGAAGAGAACUCUCCAGUGAAAUACAUGAAGUUAGAGGACAUCCAGCAAAUUCUGAACCUUCUACAUGUUACAACCAAAGAAGAAGCCGCGGAGGAAACAAAAGAUGAACCCGCUGACCCCGAGGUCCAGGAUGAUGAGGUAGCGGAAGCCGUAUAUAGAGACAAAAAUCGCAGCUUACCAUUGCAGCUGGUACCUUCCAUGACGGAUGAGACAUUCAAGAUGGUUCCGCUCAGCCCCCGUCACACAGCUGUCCUCUUCUAUAUGAGCUGGGAUCCCGUGUCAUUGUCGUUCCUGGAGUCAGUUACAAAUAUGGCAGCAAAAUACAAAGACCUCCUGGAUGUGUCUUUGGCCCGAGUGAACUGUGCGGACUGGACAGAUGUCUGCAGUAAGGAGAACAUCACCACUGUCCCUGUGAUAAGAAUCUACCAGGCUGGACAGGAGCCAUUUCUGUACACGGGAAUGAUGGGAACCGAUGAACUGGCCAGCUUUCUCAUGCUGAUGAAGCAGGAAUGCCCCCUGCAGCUGAGUACAGUGGAAGAAGCAGAAGAGUAUUUGAGUGGAAAGAUGCCAAAGAAAUCAUUACCGGAUGAUCCUGUUUUAGUGCUGGGAAUAUUUACCCCCGACAUGGACAAAGCAACCAAUGAUUUUAUCACUGCCGGAAAAGACCUUCGAGGUUUCGCAAGUGUGGGAAUUUACACUGGAGAGAAAACAUCUGUCCUGGCAGAGAAGUAUGACGUCCACCCUCCCGCUGUCCUCUUCUCCAGGCAAGGUGUACAGAAGGUCUAUGGUGUGUCCCUCCACAACAUUCCUCGCAGCGAGGUCCUUCCACUCCUAAGACGGGGAUUACUCGGAGAGUUUCCAGAGGUCAGAGUGGAGACCUUGCCCUCCCUUCUCCAGAGCCAGCGGGCCCUUCUUAUCCUCUUCUCAGACGGCCCUCUCAAUCACGGCCAUGAGAAACACAUUCUGGGCCUGGUGCGGGGGAAAUACUUAGAGUCGUAUUUGGCUUGUUGGUUGAAUCUCAAGGAAACUCCUGUGGCAUAUGAGAUCCUGAAGAAAUACUUUGGCGUGAUCCCACAUCUACCAGUCCUUGUCCUGGUUACCUUUGGCACACAAGGACAAGUGUUCGCACUCCCGGCAGAUCAGCUCAUCACGGAAGUUAAUAUUUUAUAUUGGCUAGAGAUGGUGAAGGCUGGAGAGGAUGCCCCAGUGUAUUCCUUAUCUAAUGAAGACUGGGGUCCUCCGCUCCCAGACUACGAUUUCCUCGCCAUGAUGGAUGCCGCCGACCCCAGCUUCGCCGCUCAGAAAAUACGUAUAAACAUGAAGCCCCGCAAACGCAAGAAGGCAGAACUGACCGGCGGUGACGAAGGUGCAGACGCCAAAUGUCGGCCGGGAAGAAGUUUGUGUGGAACUGUUCCAAGGUUCUUGGAGAGCGAAGAGGUUUCUGAGCAGCACACAGAACUCUGAGUCUAAAAAAAAAUAUUUCAAGUGGACCUGUUCUGACAGCGAGACGUGUACCACUCAUUUU